AUGAGAAAGGCCGAAAAGGAGCAGCGUGAUACUGAAACGGUGUUACGGGAAGAAAUUACCGAUCUGAAGUGUCGUAGUAUGAGGGACAAUCUUUUGUUUUUUAAACUUCUGGAGGAGAAAGAAGAAAACUGUGUGCAGAAGGUUCUUGAAUUGAUAGAAAACGACAUGAAAAUAGAAAAUGCUAAACAGGAAAUAAAGCUCCACCGUGCACAUCGAGUUGGGAAAUAUAACAACACGAAGGUCCGACCUAUAGUCGCUAAAUUUGCCUACUUUCCAGACAGAGAGAGGGUCAAGAUGGCGGCGAAAGCUCUGGCAGGAACCCCGUAUGGUGUUGGAGAACAAUUCCCCAAGGAAAUUGUAGAUACCAGAAAGAGGCUCGUACCCAUUAUGAAGAAGGCUAGGGAUGAGGGAAAAGACGCUUUCAUAAAAGUAGAUAAACUGUAUAUAAAUAAGCAACUAUAUAGGGAAGGGUCAGAAAAUGUAUAG